AUGAUUUCAACCAGUUUUACCGAGAUCCUAUCCAUCUUAUUCGUGUGUCUCAUUAUUUAUGUUUCCCAUUACUACUACAAAUACUUCACUCGUGAAAAUCCUCUACCCGGACCAAUCCCUCUUCCCUUAAUUGGCAAUCUUUUUCAGAUUUGUUCUGAUACUGCUGUGUGGCCAAGCAAACUUCAAGAGAAAUAUGGCGACUUCUAUGAAGUUUACGUUGGCUCUCGACGAUUGAUUUGGCUUUGCAGUGAAGACUUAAUCCAAAAAAUAAUGAAACCAACCAUUAAUGGUAACUUCCAUAACCUAGUGAGUGCAGAUAAUGAUGGCCUUGAAGAAAUUGGAUUAUUGGAUUCGGGAGUCGUUUACAACCUAAAUUAUAAAAACUGGGAAUAUCAUCGAAGGUUCUAUGCAAGAACGAUAGCGAAACCGUUGUUUUUGAUUCAAACACUCAGCAUCAUUCAGGAGGAAUUUAAAGAGAUGGAAAACUAUUGGGAAAAUCUUGGAGAAGACACUGUGCUAGACCUCUCCCAUUGGAUGAAACGAUACUUUACGGACACCCUAUUUCUUAUAGCAGCUAAUAAGCAAGCACGUUCAUUAGCAAGCUAUUAUGGAAGUCUGUCCGGUAAAAGGAAUGAGUGUACAUCUGAAAGUAUUUUGAAAGAAAGCGAUACUUUUCUAGAGGCUGUUGAUGGUUUUGCCAUGUGCCUUAUAUAUUUUCUAUUAUUUCCAAAGAUAGUUAGAAACUUUCCCGGAAUUAAGAGUUAUACUCAAAGAUUAAAGAACCAGCUAAAUUGGUUUAGGAAUAGCACCCUUAACAUAAUCAAGGAGAGACGAGAAGAGAUUGAAAGGACACCUGAAGACCAACAGCUGACUUAUGAUAUUUUAACAAUGUUUAUAACAAUAAAUACACCGCGUGACAUUACCGAAAAAAUUGCCGAUAAUUUACAUGAUAAGCCAAUGUCUGAUGAAGAAAUUUGUGGGAACUUUAUAGAGACCAUAACUGGUGGAAUCGAUACGUCAUCGAAUUCAAUCUGUUUCAUAAUUCAUUACCUAUCACACUAUCCUAAUGUCAAAGGACGACUGAUGGAAGAGUUUGACAGAGUCUUGGGGAAAGAUCCUAACUAUAAAAUUACGUAUGAUGACAUAGGGAAACUUGAAUAUUGCGAGGCAGUAAUCAGCGAAUGUUCACGGAUAUUUUCUGUCCUCCCCAUAUUAUUCAAAAACAAUGCCAAUCCGGACGAGAUUGGAGGCUUGACAUUUCCUGCCAACACACAAUUCUACAUUAAUUUUCAAGGCAUUCACAAACACAAGUCUUUGUGGGAAAACCCAGAAGAAUUUAAUCCAGAAAGGUUCAUGGAUAAGACCAACCCCGAAAGCAAAAAUCCCCUAUACACUUUUGGAGGUCCUGGGAGAAAUUUGGGAAUGAUGGAGUUAAAGGUUACUCUAGCCUUAUUAUACAGAAAGUAUGAUGUCGAACUGGCGGAUAUGAAAGCUCCAAUAAAAUUUCACACAACCGUAGUGAGGACUUGUGACGAGCUAAAAGUUCGAAUUAAGAAAAGAAAGAUAUAA